AACCUACUUUUCACAAAAUCGUCGGAUUAAAUGAUAAAAUUACUAUUGCUGAAUAUAAGGAAGGAAGACCAAAAAAAGAGCCGGGCGAAACUCUUCCCACUUCUAAUUCUCAAUCUCCCGAACCAAAUAAUAAG